AUGCGCCGGGCGCGCGCGGGAUGUGAUCUCGCACCCGCGCGCGGGCGCGCGGGCGCGGGCGCGCGCGGGCGACGGCGACGAUGUGGUGUCCCGCGCGCGACGUCACCGAAAACGUUGGACGACGCGCGCGCGCGCUACGGCGUCCAGGAGCGCUAUUACGAGUGGGAGGGACACGUGAUACGAUACACCACGUCCGGGACGACGGGUGAACCGCUCGUCUUGAUCCACGGGUUCGGUGGGAACGCGGACCACUGGCGGAGGAACGUGAACGCGCUCGGCGAGCGAAGACGGGUGUACGCGAUUGAUUUAUUGGGGUACGGAUACAGCUCUAAGCCGAAUCCGAUGGCGGAGGGGUUGAAGCAGAAUGAGAUUUAUUGCUUUGAGACGUGGGGGCGGCAGAUUUUGCACUUUGUGGAUGAAAUCGUGGGCGAGCCGGCGUUCGUGGCGUGUAACUCCGUCGGCGGCGUCGCGGGUCUGCAAGCGGCGGUGGACGCGCCGGAGAAGGUGCGAGGGGUUGUUUUGAUGAAUAUCUCGCUCAGAGGUUUGCACAUCACGAAACAACCGGCGAUCAUACGGCCGUUCGUGAAGGCGCUGCAGACGACGCUGAGAGAGACGUCCAUCGGAAAGUCGUUCUUCGCGAGCGUCGCGAAGGAGCGAACGGUGAAAAACAUUUUAAAGGAGGCGUACGGGGAUUCCUCUCAGGUUACGGAUGAACUCGUGGAGGCGAUCUUGUCCCCGGGUCUGCGUGACGGUGCCGCGGAGGUGUUUUUGGAUUUCAUCUCGUACAGCGGCGGGCCGCUCCCCGAGGAACUCCUUCCCAAGUGCAAGGUCCCGGUUCGCAUGCUCUGGGGCGACAAGGAUCCGUGGGAGAACAUCGAUCAGGGUCGAAAGCUGUACGCAUCGUACGCGGAUAAAUUCAUUCCGCUUCCCGGCGUCGGGCACUGCCCUCAGGACGAGGCGCCCGAACUCGUGAACGGCCUCCUCAACGAGUUCGUCGACGAGUACGCGUCCGCGCCCGCGUAA